ACAUAACUUUGUCCGGGUUAACGUUUCUCCGUUCCAACCAAAUUCGCAUCAGUCUUCAUCGAGUUUCCUAAGCGAGACCACCGGUGGUCUUGCGUUUUCAACGUAGUUUCUUCGCAACGUUUAGUGUCCGCGAGCUUUGUAGUUCCAAGAUCUUCGUGAAAACGUGAAAAACACGGAAACAAGAAAGAACCGCGAGACUGUUUUCUCGUCGCGCGGAACACUGCGUUCCUGUCAGGUUUCCGUCGGAUCCACAAAAUCCGUCGUUCAUCCUCGCCGGUCGUCUAAUCUCCAGGUUGCACGCCUGGCGAAUUAACUAGCCCCGUUCUGUGCUGAAAGCCCGGACAGCUUUUGCGAACGGGGGUAUCCUCUGUGGCGGGAAUUAUGGGCGACUCACCGAAGGUGGAGUUCGCUCUUGGCAGUGAGGUGUCACAGGGACACUUUUUCAAGAGCAGCUUCGCAAGAGCCUUCGUGAGCAGCAGUGCCACAGCGUGCAGCCGUGACUCCAAAUCCCUCGAUCACGAGCUGCACGUUAACACGAUCGUCGAGGAACCAGAACUGAGCGGGAACAACGGCAACAAUUACUUCUCGCUGGUGAAUUUCGGGAACGGAGCGAUUCCGACUGACGACCGCGUUGCCGGCAAGAGCAACAAAAACCCGCGGAAACAGAUCGAGGCGGUCAAAUCACCCGCGGAUAUCAGCGAGCUGGAGAAGCUGCGAAAGCAAUGCCAGUCAUUGAUCGAGGAGAACCAAAGGCUACAGGAUGCGCUGACGGUGAAUCGGUCGCCGCACACGCAAAUGAUCGACAACGUUGCGCUCCAGACGCAAAUCGAAACACUGCAAUGGCAGCUGAAACAGGUAGACUCGAACAGACAGAUGUACCGCUCCCUCAUGGAGCAGGUGGUGCGUUUCCUGGACCGCGCCCGCAAUAGCUUGGACAUUCUUCACAAGAAGAAUGGUCUUAAGGACAAAGGUUCGAGUGGACGUCGCAGUCGCAGCGUCCACACGGUGCACGAUGACUCUUCGCCGAAUCGUGGUGCCUGUACAUCCUCGUCUUCCUCCUCCUCGGACUCGUCCCGUUUCAUCAGGGCGAAGUCCAUCACACAGAUCUCACCCUGCACCAGCGGCAACCGUGAGGCCACCUGGUCAGUGCUGCGCAGGAACGACCCGGUGCAUUGUACACCACCGCGGAGCAAAUCCAACGAUCUCAAUAAGACGAACGAGGGAGUGGUCUACAAAAGGCCGAAGCAGCAGGAGCUGGAUCCGAACGAAAUCCCACCUGAGAAGCUGUCCCAGGAAGCGUUUAGCUUAAUGAGGACGGCGCAGACACUGCUAGCCACGAGAGAACCCGAUCUAGCAAGGAUCACGCCGGUCGAUAAUACGGACUCCUCUCCCUCGCCAGUGGAUUACGAUCAACACAAUGGUCAUCACAACGAGAUGCCUCAGUCCCUGCAGAACAACAGUUUCGUGAACUCGACGGCAGCGCAAGGGAAGGCCAAGUACUCGCGACGUCGCAGCAACGACCAUGGAAGGGGCGCAGAGAGUGACGACAGACCUUGUUUGGGGAAAUCGUUGUGUCAUAUGACAGGGAUUGACCUGAGCUUAGAGAAUCUUCCUCCGAGUGGUAGAAUGUCCAUCGAUGCCACGUCGGUCAAUUCAGGAAGCAGCAAAACCACCGAAGAGGAGGACGCUGUUCCGGUAAACGGCACCUGCAACGUUCCGCUGCAGCAGCACACCGUCACGUUCGCACUUGCGCCAACUUCCACGCCAAAUAAACCUACCGCAAAUAUUGAGAAGAAGGAAAAGGACAGAUGUCCCAAAACUAAGCAACCCGCUAGUGUAUGCAGCGUGGAGGACGAGAGCGGAUUCUCAUCGUUUAAUUCGUUUCAAGAAAUCGGUUUACCCGGCGCGCUGCCGAUCUCGCCAAUCAGAGGCUAUCACACGGAGAUCGGCCUUCCCGAGGUACCUCUGGACAAGGCUAGACAUCGCAGGUGGUCCUCAAUACCAGUAGAAGUCCGUGCUCUUUUGAAGCAGCACAGGCGAAGCUUCGCCACCACGCAAACCAAUGCCGAAUCGCUGAGCGUUUGGGUUUGAGAGAGUUGCUUGUAUAUUUAUUUUUAAACGGACAGCAUCUAGUGAAUCUAUUUGAUACGUUUGCAUUCGAUGCACUGAACGACUGAACGUUGAAUGCAACCGGGGAUAUCGGUACGAUACAGUUUACUGUAAAUAUUGUGUUCAAAAUACUGCCUAUUCACCAUGCAUUUUGUUUGCUUUUCGCCAAGAGUACUUAGGACGAGGUUAAUGCAUUUACUCUGUGCUUCGAGUCAAAAGGUAUUCUGUAUUUCGUAUCUUUGUAAAUCUAGGAUAUAAAUUUGUUCAAAGCUUCGUUAGGUAGCUAAUGAUUAUGUGAAUAUAGCGAAUACUUUUAAGUAUACAUAUAAUAGUGAGAGAAGUAUAUAGAGUUAAUGUUAAUUAGGUGCAAAAUAUUUUCAAUAGUUUUACAAACGAUUGACAUUGGUUAUAAGCCAAAAACUAACAUUCAACUAUACUGUAAAGUGUUAAGCAUCGCACGAAACAGUACGUACUUAAUGUGAAACCGGUUUUGUUCGUUAAUAAUUGACGUGAAAAGAAUUUUUAAUGAAACACGCACGCACACACAGAUCCUUAUUGUUUCAUUCAAACGUCCUUUAAAUUAUAAUAAUCGACUCUCGUUGUAUAUUGUUAUCACCUUGCAAGAUUUGUGCUUAAAAGAGUGACAUGUAAUGUAUUCAGUUUCUGAACAAUUUUAUAGCACGAAUUGCAAAAUUUCCGGCUUCGUUUUCAAAUUUUUAAUCGUAAACCAACAGAGCGCUUAAAGUGACUAAACGUGAAUUAUUUUCUAAAAAUCACGCUGUUUAAUUUAUUUAGAGAUUCUCGUUAUUUUGAUUAUAACGUACGUUCGAAUUAAUUUAUUUAUUCAUUCAGUCAUAUUCAUUUCUAUUCAGUCAUAUGAUUUGGUGUCGAUCAAUUCGACCAACGUGAUAGGUUUAGCGUUAAACUAAUUAUAUCGAUCGUGGAUUAAAUAAUUUGUAUCUUUAUCGUACAACAAAAUAAAAUUAACGAAUUGUUUCAAACUAUGAGAGAAAAGAUCAUUUAAAUUUCAAUAAGGAAUCACAGUUCGAUCUAUAAUAUAUCGACAAUUCGUAUACCUACGAUUCGAGAUAUUCGAGAUGCGAGAUGAUCAAAGCGUUCGAAAUAUCGAAUCACGGAAUGGCCGUUCGAAAGAUCACGUCACCGGAGGUCCCGAAUUCAUUUUACCAAGAAAAUCAAAAAGAAGUCUGAGAAUAUCGUAACGGAUCAUCGGAUAUUCAAUACAAUGAUUAUGUAAGUUACAUUUGUACAAUUGACAGUAAUAUAACCAUAAAUGUCUGGACUUCAGAGCCAGAGUGCUUUAAGUUGUACUAUUCAAACAUCAGAGGAGAACCAAGAAGCAAACUUUAUUCGUAUAUAUAUAUAAUCACAAUAUAUAUUUUUAAAAACGUAUAAUUCUGGUGUAUAAAAGCAUAAUCGUGUGCCGGUCGUUGUUUUUCGAAAUAAUAAAUGUAACAAUGGUUCAGCAGCUAAUGCUGAACCUGCACGAGUGAUCAAUUUCUUACAGUAGCAAUGUAAAACGUCUUCCACGUCUGUCACUGUAGUCCAGAUUUAUGUAAUUAAAAAACGAAGAAUCAAA